AGUGAAAUCUGCGACUAGUAGGUCAUGGAAAUCUGGAUUUGGGUCAAAUACUGAUUGCGACCUCUUCAACACCCAUCAACAUUUUUUUCACCCUCGAACCCUUAUCCAUGUACUUUGGGAUAGCCCAUGUAAAGAACAAAGAGCUACCGAAAGGGACAAAAGGUGUGCCUUCUGUGUGAGAGACAAGAUUGAGGGGAGAGAACUGCUGGGAAAACAAGGGAAAACAGGAAAAAAGAAGGAGUUAAACACAGCAACACUACCAGAUAGAAGCGACAAGAAACAGAAAGAACCAAAGGAACAGGAGAAGAGAGAGUGUAUGGUAGAAGAGGAGAAGAUUGUCAUAAUAGACAACAUCAGAGUAACCAAGAACUACAGAGACAGUGAAACAAUUUUAAAAGAAGUAAACGUGUACAAACCCAAGGCGAAGGUGAAGUGGGCAUACCAGUUACCCAGAGGAGGAAUAGCACUCCACGCGAAAACCACAGAAGACAAGCAAGAGUUACUAGAGAAGUGGCCGGAGAAAGCGUUUGGAGAAAGUGACAUAAGUACACAUAGUACGAGCAAAACACAACCGCAUCCCAAGUGCAUACUGAAAAACACGGAUAAGACUGUGAGUAAUUCUGAAGUGGAAUACGCCAUAGAGCAACAAACCGGAGUGAAGGCUAAGGUGAGAAGGCUUUACUACACUGACACGGGAAGACCACUCCCCAUUGUAGUUGUUGAAACAAGAACACACGAAGAAUUAACUCACAUACUGACCAAGAAAGUAAAAAUAGCAGACAGAGUCACAAAACCGGAAGCCUACAUCUCAAAAGCAUCACAAGUGAUAAGAUGUUAUAGGUGUCAAGCCUAUGGUCACAUAGCAAGCCUUUGCUCAGGAGAAGUCACAUGUGUAAAGUGCGGGGGAAAACACGGCACAGAUACACACUGCAGAAACUCAGCAAAGUGCGCAAACUGUGGAAAAAAACACUGGGCAACCUCGAAAGCGUGUGAAAGCUUCAUAGAACAGAAAGCAAACAUAGACAAGAGAAGACAACAAAACAGUGACAACUGCAGCAACCAAAAGUAAUAAAAUUAGCAAGAGACGCACAUGCAGAACAACAUGAAGAUUGCACAAGCUAACGUGAGGUCAAUUAACACUACUGUGGCAGCACUUGACAUCACAUGUAUGAAACUGGGAAUCAAAAUAAUGUGCCUCUCUGAAAUAUGGAGACCAAAGGAUGGUCUACUGGACAAAACACAAGCACUGAAAACAUGGCAAUGGUACACAAAAAUAAGACAGAAAGGAAAGUCUGGAGGAGGGGUAGCUAUAGCUGCUGCCAGGGAUGUUAAGGUAAUGAAGAGAGAAGACAUGAAUAACACAGCAUAUGAAGCAGUGUGGUGCAACAUAUACAUCAAGGGAAUGAAGAUAGCGCUGGGCUCAGUAUACAUACCACCUGGAAACAAAACGCAGAUGAAAGCAUUUCUGAAUGACAUUGAAGUGAUAAGAGGAAGAGAGAACAAUAUCAUCAUAACAGGGGACUUUAAUGCCAGACAUGAAAGCUGGGACAAAUAUGGAGAAAACAUUCUUGGCAGAAUGCUAGCAGAAGCACUUGCAAGCAACAACUUAAUAGUAUGGAAUAGCGAACAACCAACACACAAGAAUGGAACAAUAGACUUGACACUGAUUACUCCCACAUUAGAAGAUCUCAUAUCUGACUGGAAAACACAUGAUGAAACGACAAUAAGGUGUGACCACAAACUUAUAUCUUUCCUGGUAGGAGGGAAACAGGAAAAAGAGGUGAAAACAAUUUUGAACAUAAAGAAGGCUGAUUGGGAAGAGUGGAGCAGAGUCACAGAUGAAGUAUUUACAAAAUGGAUGGAAGAUGAGGAGGAAAAGGAAAACAGUAUUGAUGAACUGUAUGAAAGCCUCAAGGAAACACUAGAUAAAACUGCAAAAGAGGUGAUAGGAUACAAGGAGGUGUGUCUACACAGCAAAACAUGGUGGAACCCUCAGGUGAAGGAACAGCAGAAGAGAGUAAAAGAGGCAAGGAAGAGAUAUAAACAUAGAAGAGAUCCAAGAAACCGAAUGAGAUUAGAUGAGGAGAAAGAAAGGUACUACGUGAUGAUAGAAGAAGCUAAAGGCAAAAAGGAGGCAAGUGAGUUAAAAGAAUUGAAUACAAAAGACAACAAAAAGUUAUGGAGGACAGUGAACAACAUACGAAAACCAAGCCAGAAAAGCUGUAAUACAGCCAAUCAGAAGAAAUGAUGGCACAGUAGUGUAUGAUGAUGAGGAG